UCGCGCGCCCUUAAUUGACAGAUCCACUCGCGUUCGCCUCCCUCCGAUUGCCCAGUGCGCCAUCCCUUCUUGUCAAUUGUGCCAUCGUCAUCGUGCCAUUGCGUCUUUGUAUCAUCGCCUGCCCUAUGCUCGAUAGACAAAAUUGCUUGUAUACAUAAGCUGAUUGAGAAUUUCCACUUGCCUUCGCGAUUCCAUCGAACCUUCUCUCCGACACCACUCUCGAAGGCGCCGAUAUUUGUGCCCAUCUUGCUUUCCAACGAUGCCUUACGUUGCAUCCUCCGAUGGCGACUCGAACAGCUCGUCUUCAAGGCUCUCAUCAAGCCCACCUUCGUCUCCGCCGCCCGCAUCUGCUGCCAGUCCGACCAUGGAGAAGCCCAAGAUGAGCUACACCAAGUUGCGGGAGGAGCAGAUCCUGGCCGCGGAAGAGGAGAAGGCCCGGGAAGAGAAUAUCAAGGCCGAGGAGAGGCGCAGAAAGAAAUGGAAGAAGCGGGUGCUGAGCAAAGAGGAACGCGAAGCCAAGGCUAAGGACCUGGACCAGCUCCUCGCCCAGAGCGCGGCCUUCAGCAGCAUUCUGACCAACAAGACAAAGGUGUUGGGGCGGGUGGGCACCGGUCUGGACGGGAAGACGCUAGGCGAGCACGAGUUGACCAUGGCCAAGCAGCCCAAGUGCAUGGUUGGCGGCACCAUGAGGGACUACCAGCUCGAGGGGUUGACUUGGAUGUACGAGAUCUGCGUCCAAGGGAUGAGCGGGAUUCUUGCCGAUGAGAUGGGAUUGGGCAAGACGGUGCAGACAAUCUCCCUGAUUGCGCUACUCCGCGAGCAGGAGAGCUAUCUCGGACCCCAUUUGAUCGUGGCUCCUCUCAGUACUCUAUCCAACUGGUUGGACGAAUUCCACCAAUGGGUCCCCUCUAUUCCCGUGGUCAUGUACCACGGCACGCCGCAACAGCGCAACGACAUCUUCAAGACCAAGAUCAUGCGCCACCUUCGUGGCGGGAGGCCCACCGAAAGGUUCCCGGUGGUUUGCACUAGCUACGAGAUGGUCCUCAAGGAUCGCGUUGCCCUGUCCAAGAUUAACUGGGAGUUUAUUAUCAUCGAUGAGGGACACCGCAUGAAGAAUUUCGAUUCCAAACUGUUCCGCGAGCUCAAGUCAUUUACGUCGGCGACACGUCUCCUCAUUACGGGCACACCCUUGCAGAACAACCUGAAAGAGCUAUGGUCGCUCCUUAACUUCCUGCUGCCGAAGGUCUUCCGCGACUGGGAAGCCUUUGAGAGCUGGUUCGACUUCAGCGAUCUCGAAGACGAGGAAGGCACCGAAGAGUUCAUUGCCGACAAGACCAAGCAGGAACUUGUCAAGAAGAUGCAUGUUGUGCUGCAGCCACUGCUUUUGCGGCGAGUCAAGGCAGAUGUUGCAAAGUAUCUUCCGAAGAAACGGGAAUACGUGCUGUACGCGCCCAUGACGAAAGAGCAGACGGACUUGUACAAUGCCAUCAACGACAGGAGUAUCGAUACGAGGGCAUAUCUCGAAAACAAGGUCGUCGAGCGGCUCACAGGCGCCACCAACAGCAAGGCGUCGUCUCCCAGUCGCAGCACGCGCUCGUCCAGGUCGAGCAGUGUCAAGCCGGAAACAAACACAGGCGUUGGAUCACUGUCAGCUCAGCAAAGAGACACUGUUGCAGAGGCUGAGAAGACCGCGCCGCCCGCUAAAAACGCGUUCACGCUAAUGAUGGGAAAGCCACGUCCCAGGGGGAGACCUCCCAAAGCUCCGACGGCGGUUAAGCAGCCCGUCGCGGAACCCUCAUCUCCGCAGCCAGCAAAGAAACAGUCCAAGAGGAAGGACGCACCGUCUUCGGAGUCGCCAGCACCCAAGAGCGCGAAGUCCAGCCGACAAUCAACUCCAGCCAGCACCCGUUGUAGAUCCCGGAGAGCGAGACAAUCCUACAGAGAGGCCGAUUCGGACGAUGACCUGCUAGACGACGAUGCGUUUGAGGCGAAGCUUGCUGCCGAAAUAGACGAGGAGCAGACCGAGGAGGUGGAGACGAGUGUCGACGCGGGGGACAUCGAGCGGGCACGAACGCUCGAACUUGCAAAACGCGAGAUCGCAAGCAAGAAGCUCGGCAACCCGCUUCUCCAGCUCCGGCUUGUCUGCAACAGCCCGCACAACUUCUACAACCCCUCGGCGUCCGACUCUCAGUUGGUCAUCGACGAGAGUCUCGUCACGGCGUCGGGCAAGAUGCUCCUCCUCGACCGGCUGCUUCCGGAGCUCUUCAAGCGCGGCCACAAGGUGCUGAUCUUCUCGCAGUUCAAGACGCAGCUCGACAUCCUCCAAGAUUACUGCACCGAGCUCCGCAAAUGGCCCGUCUGCCGCAUCGACGGCGGUGUCGCCCAAGAAGACCGACGAGACCAGAUUCGAGAGUUCAACACCGACCCCGAGCUCAGGAUCUUCCUGCUCUCCACCCGUGCCGGGGGGCAGGGCAUCAACCUGGCGAGUGCCGAUACUGUGAUCCUCUUCGACAGCGACUGGAACCCGCAACAGGACCUGCAGGCGCAGGACCGCGCGCACCGUAUCGGCCAGACGCGGCCCGUCAUCGUGUACCGGCUCGCGACGAAGGGCACGGUCGAGGAGGAGCUGCUCAUGAGUGCCGACGCCAAGCGCAGGUUGGAGAAGCUUGUGAUCAAGAAAGGAGGCUUCCGGACGAUGGGCCAGAAGCUGGACCUGCGUGAGGAUUUGGAUAAGGAGCUGCUCAGAGCGUUGCUGCUGAAGGAUGGGCAAGUGUAUAAGUUCUCGGGGAACCAGGAGGUGUUGAGCGAUCAGGAUCUGCACGUCUUGUGCGACAGGAGUGACGAGGCGUAUGAAAGGGCUGCGGUGGGCGAAGGCAAUGCGGAUGGAUACAAGGUCAUUGAGACCGGGGCGAACGGGAUCACGACGGCGGGGAAGGCAUAGCCAAGUCUUGCGGGGGGUUAUUAUCGCGACAUUGUGCUGGUUGCUUUUGUCGGCUUAGCAAGGCCAGCUCAAAUGCGCCGGCCUAAUAAUGUACUCACCAUAGCUGAGCUCAAGUACCUUGCAUAGAGCCCUCGGGAGCUAUCUAAGGUGGGUACUAGUAGGCAGGUACCUAUGUGUACUAAUAUCUGAAGAACAUAGAAAUAGACACGUCCAUUUUCAAUCG